AACAAGAACAAAAUAAUGGGAUUCCGUUUUACCAUUAACUGCAGAGAUGACAAAAUGGCACAGCGUUUAAUUAUUCUACUUACUUCUUGCCUUAUAUGUACCUGCAACUCCGCUUUUCAGAUUCACAAACAAAUGAGUUUGGAAGAAAUUAAACAUACCUUUCACGUCGACCAUCAUGACCUUGUUCCAGAAUACGAAGUGGUUCCCGUUCAACAUAAUAUAAGGGGUAUACGAGACGAUGUGGAAAACGCCAUCGAAGAUGACGAAUUAGAUUCUGCAACUAAUAAGUCUAAGAUAAGAGAAACUACUAAUGAUGGAACAACAAAUUUAAAACUAAAAGCAUUCGGAAAACCAUUUAAUUUGAGUCUAAUUCCUACUCGAGGUCUAUUUAAGAAAGGAAAGUUAAAAUUGUGGACUAUUGAACCCAACGCCACCGCUCAACAUGGUGUGGAGUAUGUGGAAAUUCCGGACACCAACGAAGAUAUCGGUGAACUUUAUCAGGAUGAGGAAAAUCAAGCGGCCAUAUUGCUAAGAACCGAAGGAGACGCACUAGUAGUGGAAGGAAGUAUUGGUUCCCAUCUUGUCAUUCGUCCCCUUCCUCCUCGAUUAAGAGGAUCAGUCAUCAGAUCAAAAAACAGAAAUUUUACCAACAAUCAGAAUGAUACUGAAGAUUCAAUCAAUGAUGACGAAAUGUUUUUAGACCAAGAUGGAGAACUUAGCUCGGAGGUCGCUAUCGAUACAGGACUACCAAUUAGAAGAAAUAAAAAUAUUCAUCAUCAUAUUGUAUAUAAAAGAAAAGAAGACGAAGAACAAGAUACUAUGAGUGAUUACGCCUUUAUGGAGCCCGACCAUCUAUCCAAAAGAUACAGGCGUAGCACCACGACAAGCCGAAGAAAGAGAGAAGCGCCAUAUACAAUAUAUCCCGAAAUUCUAGUAAUUGUAGACUAUGAUGGUUACCGAUUGCAUGGUGGAGAUAAUCUGCAAAUCAAACGAUACUUCGUGUCAUUUUGGAAUGGAGUAGACUUAAGAUACAAGCUGCUAAAGGGACCAAAAAUUAGGGUAUCCAUAGCGGGUAUUAUUAUUAGCAGAGGAAGAGAUGCAACACCGUACUUGGAGAGGAAUAGAGUUGGUAGAGAUGCCAUAGAUUCAGCAGCAGCUUUAACGGACAUGGGAAAAUAUUUAUUUAGAGAACGAAGACUUCCUGUCUACGAUGUAGCUGUAGCCAUAACAAAACUAGACAUGUGCAGAAGGUCAUACCCGAGUGACGUUUGCAACCGCGGAACGGCAGGCUUUGCAUACGUCGGAGGAGCAUGUGUGGUGAACAAACGGUUAGAAAAGGUCAAUUCUGUUGCCAUCAUAGAAGACACUGGCGGAUUCAGUGGUAUUAUUGUGGCGGCCCAUGAAGUUGGACAUUUGUUAGGAGCUGUCCAUGACGGUAGUCCACCGCCAUCAUACCUAGGUGGACCAGGUGCUGAAAAGUGUCAAUGGACUGACGGCUUCAUUAUGUCCGAUUUAAGACACACUGAAAGAGGAUUUAGAUGGUCUUCUUGUAGUAUAGCCAGUUUUCACCAUUUUCUAAAUGGUGACACGGCUACAUGUUUAUACAACGCCCCUCAUGAAGAUGAAAGCCUACCGAGAGUGUUACCUGGAAAACUACUAACUUUAGAUGCCCAAUGUAGAAGAGAUAGAGGAACAAGUGCUUGCUUUAAAGAUGACCGAGUGUGUGCACAACUUUUCUGUUUUGAUGCAGGUAGUGGCUACUGUGUAGCUUAUAGACCUGCAGCAGAAGGAUCGCCGUGUGGAGAUGGACAGUAUUGUCUAAAUGGAAGAUGUGUUGCAGAACACGAAAACAUAAUCCCAGAUUACUCUCAAAAUACACCUUCUUAUGUAAGAAGUAACUCAAGAACCUUGUACCAACAACAAACGGAAGAGAGUAACCAGGCGCAACUGUACAAUGACAAAACAGAAACAUCGACGACUUACAAAAACUUACAAAAACAUCACCAAUUACACAGUACUGAAAAACCCCAAUUAGACUUUAAUCCAUAUCAAAACAAUUAUUCAACAACUAAGAAAAAUUCAUACCAGACCCCCUUAAUAUUUAAUUUUAAAAACUUCCAUUCCACCACUUCAGAUCUACCUAGUACAAAAUUCUCCUUUAAAUUUACGUACCCCCAGGAUUCAACGACAAAAUCUGCUUACAACUUCAAACAAUAUUCAAAAUUAACAACUACCCAAAAGCCUACUCUGGAAACCUCAACGGUAGGUACUACCAAUCGUUAUAUAGGCAACUACUAUUUGCUGAGGAAGCGGACGACAAAAAAUCCUUACGAUUUUGCCGAUUUUGGCAAAUCCACACAAAAUCCUUACGACAGCGUAAGCUACAACGAAAACCUAAACAAUAAUUACCUGAAGCGGUCGUACAAUGACGUGAGUUACUUUAGCGAUAGCAAUAGGCAGUCUGUAAGCAGUAGCGUUUACUGAGUAAUAGGUUGAAAUUAUUUAAUGGAGAAUAUUUCUUCAAAAUGGCACUGCUUCGACGGGCCGUUGAAGAGACAAUAUCAGUGCUUGUGAUUGAUAGUUUUAAGUUUUUCAUAUGAUGUACAGUUAAUAAACAUUUAUAAAAUUUUCGGCAAAUACGAAAUGUGAGAAACAAAACGAUCGUGUAUAUUGGAAUAUACGAAAAUUGAAAAUAACAAGACACACACGUAGAGCACAAAAAUAGAGCUGGGUCUAACAACCAAUAGAGGCAAUGUCCAAUGAUGAAUACUUCCGAAAAUAUACUGCAGUAAUAAAAAAGCAGUUUCAAUUUUUGACCUCAAUAAUAUAUCUUAAGAUUUUAAAUAACAAAAUUAAAUUUUAAACAUAAAAUAAUUAGGUACAUAUAUGUACUAUCAUUAGAAAAAUUUGGUGAUUCGUGUACUUCAUACAGACAAUUUCAUAUAUACCAAGUAUUUACUCUCAUUGGAAGUUAAAAAAAUACGGUGACAAAGUAGAUUAUUCAGUUCUCUUGUAUCCUCUCUACCUUUAUUUAUUCCUUAAUAACUGUUUAAAUUUGACAUAAGUUUGUUACACUUUAAUCGUCUACAGUUUCAGCACUUUUAAUAUUGUUGUGGAUGUUAUAAUUUGUUGGCCGUAGUCUCUGUAGGUUGUACUUUUUUAUCCAGCAGGGAAAAAAUCAACCACUGUGGUUGGAAUAUAUGGCUCAGGUUUAAUUUAAUUACAUUUGUAAAAACAAUUCAUAUAUAAUAACUACCUGGUGAACUUUGAUAUAGAAGGCAACUAAUGAACAAUUUUCUUGUUUGAUCCGCAACGAAAAAAUUUUAUUGGGUGAAUAUUACUUCGAAUACCUACAUUAAUAAAAAAUUUGAACACGUCUCAAAUUAUUAUCUAACAUUGUUUGAAUCGCCAUUCUAUUCAAAUACAUCCUCGUAGUCUAAACUUAUUGAAUUUAUACCACGUAUUACAUAAUAAUUCAAAACUUGUAUAAAGUUGUUAUACUCAACUCUGAUCAUAGAUUGCUCGAAUCAUCAUGAUGCCAUUUAUAUAAUACAACAACGCGUAUCAUGCGAUACUUUGAUAUCAAAGAAAAGAUUAUAUAGGUACCACUGCCAAUUAUUAUACAAUAUAUUUUACUGGUUUCUCUUUAAUAAUAUAACAGAACUAUACUACAAUCACAAUAAAGAUGCACUAGAAAUAAAUAAACCAAGACACGUUGAAUGCUACGAGGAGCACUUCCAAAUCAUAAUUUAGAAUGUAUAUACAAUGUAAAUCCCAAAUCAUGAUUUACAAUACAUUUAAAUAGUUUAUACAUUGUAAAUAAUUAUUCGGGAGUGCUCCUCGUAACAUUCAACGUGUCUUGGUUUUUUUAUUUCUAGUACAUCUUAUAACAGCUUUUUUAAUUGUUCUUGCAAUAGUUCAUCAUAAUAGCAAAAUGUUUAGAACCGUUCGCGAAAUGUUCAAUCCCUAUUAUCAUAGCCUUGCUAGUUUUGGUUAUGAUUUCCAAAUAAUAUUGAUUUAUUUGCUUUAGAAGUACCUACACCUACUCCAAUCGUUUACCAGAUACUAGGAUUUUUUAUAUAAUUUUCUAAAAUUGUCUCUUAUUUUAAAAUUUCUAAAACAUGUAAACUAUUGUUUCUAUUUUCUUAUAAUUACACAUUUCCUCAAAUCAUAGAAACGGUUAAUACUAUAAUGAAUAUUGUAAAACUUAAGAAACCAAUAAAAUAUAACACUACAUUCACACUUUAUAUAUUAGCCUUGCAUUAACAUACUUGUUAUACAGCGCUCAUCACUGUAUAUUAAUUUAUUAUAUGUAUUAAAGAACUGAAUGUAAGAAACCACCACAUAGUUUUUUCUCAUAUAAAACGGGAAAUUGAUAAAUAAUAUUUUUAUGGAAGUUGUGCGAUGUUGUAUAAUAUUUUUGUGCAAUAAAUACUUUAAUAUUUUUUUAUGAUUUUAUAACACUUAUUUGAUAUUCGUUUAUUUUGUUAAAAAACGAGUGCACACUGAGAUCUUUUUUUAUUGGCGAGAUGGGGCUUUUUUCAUCAAAGAAAAAUAUAUAUUUAUUAUUUUCUAUUUUCUAUUUACUAUUUUCUAAAUUAUUGUAGAACUAAGUUUGAUUAAAUUUUCUAUUUGCGAAUUGGUCUUUUUAAUAAAUGAAACUCUUAGGGCCGGUUGUUCGAACGCUAAUAAAGAAGUUGAUUAUAAUCAAUCAAUUUAUUGUAAUCAAUUUUCUUGAUGGGAAUCAAAUCGAGACAUCAAAAUACAUGUAAAACACUAAUCAUUCAUUGAUUGUAGGUAAAGCAGUAAUUAAAAUAUAUCCGCAGCUGUUAAAUUAUUAAAAAUUGCUUAUUAUUAUUAUUGAUUUGUAAGUAAAAACAUAAAAUGAACAUCAGAAAGAGUUUAAUUAUGGUUUAUUUUAGAUUAAAACCAAAAUAAUAAAAUAAAUCAGUCAACAAUGUCAACAUAACGCUUAAUCAAAUAUAAUUGUAAUUAAAUAUUUGAUAAUGAUCAUUUUUGAUUAGCGUUCGAACAACUGGCCCUUAACGUGUUUGUAAAUUUUUAGUUGUGAGACGUUUCAAGUACCUACUUACGGUUGUUUUAAUUUUCAUCUGAAUUAGAAUCAAAUGAUAAAAUAAGUCAGACGAAGUAAUGCCAUAAUCUAAAAGAAUGCUAAGAUUACUAUUACGGGUAGUACAUCGUUAAUAAACUCCAAAUUGCCUUUUUGUAUGAAAAAUUCACUGUAAAGUAUUAAAUAUUAUUCAAUAAGUACUGUAGAAGUCAAAUGUUGAUUUGCGCUGCUCUGUGGUAGAAAAAUAUUACAAAAUAUAAAUGCAAUACCAAUUUUCUAGUAAUAAAAGAAAACAUCUGUAAUAAAUCUGUCUCUAGAAAUAUAUUUUAAAAUUUCUGAGGGAAAAAUUAACAAUUUAAAAUUCAAGUGAAGAGUAGCUGAUUACCUGAGUAGCUGUUAUAAUUCUUUAAACAGUAAAUAAAGUAUGUAUAUUUCGAAAUGGUUUUACAAAAUGACAAACUUUUGUAUGUAGCUAUUUUAGAAUAAAGAAUAAAAUACCAUCAUCAUUGUUGCCUAUAAUCCCUUCGGAUUAUGCCCUACGCUUUUGCGUACUAUCCGAUUCUGAGGUGGAUUAGUCCUCUUUCUCCUCUUUUGGAAACCAUAUGUGUUCGCGCUGAUUUCGUUAUAUGUCUCCAUUCCUUCCUAUUUGCAUUUAUUGUCACUCCACCAUCUUGUUUACGGUCUCCGUGGCUUCUUCAUUGAAUUACGGUCCACGCUCGUACAUUUUUUAAUCAUCUUAUUUACAGAUCUUCUGAUGAUGUAUCAUAUCUAUCCUAAGCGCUGUGAUUUAAUAACUAUCACUAAAAAUUUGAAGUUGUCGGUCUUUAGGUAUCCUUCUUUGUUUGCUUUGUUUUUUCUUCAAUGUAUUCUCGUUUCGUUUCUUUGACCAGAAAAUGUUCACUUUCUGGAUAAUUUUUGGUCCAGAAAAUACCAGUUUUCUGGUCAAGACCGGAAAGUGAACGUUAAAAUUCAUUAUUUUUUCUCUCGCGUUUCCAAAGACAUAAAAGACUACUCCCAUUUCUACACCUUUAUUAUUGCUACUAUAAAAAAUGUGUACUUUCCUUUCUAUAUUUCCCCAUUGUUUCUCCAUCUCACCUGCUGUAGAGCUGUCAUCUGGAUUUGGUACUUUUCAAUUUCUCUUUCAAUUUCUUCCAUUUGCCCCGUCUUUAGAAUCGUUUUUACAUGGCUAUUGCAUUUGCAAAGCCAAUUGCAUUAGCAAAGUUGCUAUUCUUGUUUGUUUAUAUUGCUUUCUUUUAUUGUUUCCUUUAUAAAUAAUAUUCAUUUCUUUUUUCUCCGCCUGGUUAAGACCUCUAUUAUCGGCCCCUGGUGCUUCUAUCAGUUUCUGUGGUUCAUUUAACUUAUCUUUAUUUUCGUUCCAUUUCCACAGUUUGGCUUCCAUAGUUAGUUUACUAAAUCCGAUUAUUACUUCUUGGUACAUACCACAGUCUUGGUUCGCAUAUCAUGGUUUAUAUAGAUUCUUUCAUUUUCACAUUUUUUCUUUUUUAUUAUUAUGUUUCUUUAAAUCACGAUGUGUCUUCCAGUUUUUGUGCUUUUUUAACUUAGACUUCAGACACUAAAACUUGUAGAUGUACCUUCACAAAUUUUAUCAUUGCUUCUUUUAAUUCGUCCGAUGUAUCUGUGUCUAUUUUUAGUUAUGGCAUUUCUCUUCCUUCUUGGUCUAUCAAGUAUUUCCAGGUUCUGUUGAAUUUUUUCCAUUUAUAUCUUAAUCUCUUAUGCUUAAUUAUUGCACGAAGUGAUACUCCAAUUACCAAUUAGUGCAAGAAUGCUAAGUGCUAAGUCUACUGUUACGGGUAGUACAUCUUGAACAAACUCCAAAUUGCGCUUCUGUAUGACAAAUUCAUUGUAAAGAUUAUUGAAUGGUUAUUAUAAUCAGUCAAAUGUUGUUUUUCAUUGUUUGCGGUAGGAAUAUACAUAGAUAUUACAAAACUGAAUUAUCUAUGAUACCAAUUAUCUAGCAAUAAAAGAAAACAUCUGUAAUAAAUCCAUUUCGAGAAAUAUAUUUUAAAAUUUCUGAAAGAUAUUAACAAUUUAAAUGAAGAGAGGCUGAUUAGUAUGUUGUUAUAGUUCUCUAAACAGUAAAUAAAGUAUAUUUCGAAAAAAUGGUUUUACAAAAUGACAAACUUUUUUAUUUCCGAAUAAAGAAUAAUAUUAAAUA